CACAAAGACGGUAACAGAGACCCGGAUGUUACAAAAACACCGCAUCUGCAACAUAACAUGACUCACCCAAAUAUAGAACAACAGAUCAAAGAACCAGUCGUACAUAUGCCAAUCGAUAUUCCCAAAACGAAUGUGCAACUCUCCAACAGUCCUGUCAGGGACUACAGUGGCAACUAUUCUAGACCACCUACAUUGCGGGAGGAACUAGAUGACGCUCCUGUUCGUAAAACUGGCCUUAUCGGUAACGAUCGUGUAAGCCCACUGAAGUUCAAUACUCGUGACGACAGGUCGGCUAUUUCUCCCUCGAUGUUUACACACAGUAACACACUAGAUGAAACUCUGCUAUUGACACCGCAAGGAACACCAUCAUCUAACAGAGCAGGUUUUAGCCGAACGGACUCAAGGAGAAGACAACGUACCACCAACACAUAUCAUCUUGACAACCACAUAUCAGACAAAGACUGGAAAUAAAAGCUGAAAUAUGCGUAACGAGAGUGUAACGAGAGUGUAACGAUGCCAACUAAUUCACGUACCAGGGGAAUGACGCAUUUCAUGUUCGACCGGUCAUUGAAUACUGGAAUUUGGUAAAAUUAUGUGAUAACACUUUCGUUAUACUACAAUCAUAACAUUACAUAUUACAAUUGCAGUAACAUAGUUUGUAAUGGCAGCAUGUUGUUGACCAAGACAUAUAUAGACAUAUCGCUAAUUAACCAG